AAAACUGUUUCUUCAAAGGGUUUUGCAAAAACUCAGACUGUUUUCUAAAGCAGAAACACUGGCGUCCACAGCCGAAGCAAUGGGCAGUGUGCGAACCAACCGCUACAGCAUCGUCUCUUCGGAGGAAGAUGGCAUGAAGUUGGCCACCAUGGCAGUGGCUAACGGCUUCGGGAAUGGCAAGAGCAAAGUCCAUACCCGGCAACAGUGCAGGAGCCGUUUUGUGAAGAAAGAUGGUCACUGUAAUGUUCAGUUCAUCAAUGUGGGAGAGAAGGGACAGAGGUACCUGGCAGACAUCUUUACCACCUGUGUUGACAUUCGCUGGCGGUGGAUGCUGGUUAUCUUCUGCCUCGCAUUUGUGCUCUCCUGGCUGUUCUUUGGCUGUGUGUUUUGGUUGAUAGCUCUGCUCCAUGGGGACCUGGAUGCUUCUAAAGAGAGCAAAGCGUGUGUGUCUGAGGUCAACAGCUUCACAGCCGCCUUCCUCUUCUCCAUUGAGACCCAGACAACCAUUGGCUAUGGUUUCCGGUGUGUGACCGAUGAGUGUCCAAUUGCUGUUUUCAUGGUGGUUUUCCAGUCAAUCGUAGGCUGCAUCAUUGACGCCUUUAUCAUCGGCGCAGUCAUGGCAAAGAUGGCAAAGCCAAAGAAGAGAAACGAGACUCUUGUCUUCAGUCACAACGCUGUGAUUGCCAUGAGGGACGGCAAACUGUGCUUGAUGUGGCGGGUAGGCAACCUUCGCAAAAGCCACCUUGUGGAGGCUCAUGUCCGGGCACAGCUUCUCAAAUCCAGGAUCACUUCGGAAGGGGAGUAUAUCCCCUUGGACCAGAUAGACAUCAAUGUUGGUUUCGAUAGUGGAAUUGACCGUAUAUUUUUAGUGUCUCCUAUCACUAUUGUUCAUGAAAUAGAUGAAGACAGCCCUUUAUAUGACUUGAGUAAGCAGGACAUUGACAAUGCAGACUUUGAAAUUGUUGUCAUACUGGAAGGCAUGGUGGAAGCCACUGCCAUGACAACACAGUGUCGGAGUUCAUAUCUGGCCAAUGAAAUUCUCUGGGGUCACCGCUAUGAGCCAGUUCUCUUUGAAGAAAAGCACUACUACAAAGUGGACUAUUCAAGGUUCCAUAAGACUUAUGAAGUACCUAACACCCCCCUUUGUAGUGCCAGAGACUUAGCAGAGAAGAAAUAUAUCCUCUCAAAUGCAAAUUCAUUUUGCUAUGAAAAUGAAGUUGCUCUAACAAGCAAAGAGGAAGAGGACAGUGAGAAUGGGGUCCCAGAGAGCACCAGCACAGACUCGCCACCUGGCAUAGAUCUUCACAACCAGGCGAGCGUACCUCUAGAGCCCAGGCCCUUAAGGCGAGAAUCGGAGAUAUGACUGGCUGAUUCUGCCUUUGGAAUAUUUACUUCGCUACACAGUCUGUUGUUGGUCAGAGGGCCGGGACAGUGAUACAGACCAUGGUACUGGUCGAGAGGUGGGUGAAGGCAAGUAGCCACAAGAGACUAAGGCUAGCACGAAGGUUUCAAGAAAAGACUGUAAGCUGGAUGACUGAUAUAAAGUGCUUUGCAGGCCUCCGAGUGACCCGAUGGCACAUAUCUGUUGUAGAAUAAGUUAUGUUUUUUUUUAAUGUAUUGUUUUGUGUUUUUACAAAACUUGAAUAUGCAGGCAAGCCUCGGUUUGGAUAUAUGACUUACCUGGAAUGCUUCUCUUUAGGGGGAACAAGAAUGAUUUUAAUGGCAUAACAUAGGCAAGACUCUGCCUUAAUUUUCUGAAAAGCUGCUAACUACAUGAACACAAACUGUAUUUUUGUUGCAGUGUAGUUUAUCUUUGACAUAAUCUUAAAAACGUCAGUGUUGAACAUUGUUGAAAGCUCACGGUAUGCUUCCAAGUGUCAAGUAUUUGGCUAUAACUGCCAAAAUGGGAGCCUGAUUUCCUGAGGCCAGUAAUUUGUUUGCUAAAAUUGAUCUCUCUCUCUCUCUCUGUCUCUCUUUCUGUCUGUCUUUCUUCCUCUCUCUCCUGUUUCUUGUUACAUAAGGGCAUUAUGUAACACUAGCCAAAUGGUAGCCUCCGGGUUUUAUACUUUUCCUUUCCACCACGCUAAUAGGUUAUCUCAAAUUUUCAGUUAGACUACCUAAAAUAAAUACCAAAGAUAAUGCACAUUUUUUGCACAGUGGAGUUUAUAUUUAAAAGGGGAACAAAGCCCCAUGGGUUGUCUGGGAAAUCCAGAGACACUUACUUUGAACCUCAGCAAGAUGUUACAAAUAGCCCAUUCAUUUUGCACCUUAGUCUGAAAAGAGCAUCGGAAUCUGAUAAAUGUAGUAUUUUUUUUUUAACUGUUCUUUUGUGCGUCCUUCUUAUUUGAAAGGGAGGGGGAAGCAUGGGUCAAACUUACAUAUGCACUAUUCAGACUUUUUUUUUUCUGUGAUAAGUAGUGCUGGUCCGGCUAAUGUAUUCAAAAGAGAGAGAGAGAGAGAGAGAGAGAGAGAGAGAGAGCAGUAGUCACUAAGACUUUUCUGGGCUUUUCUCUUAUUGCACAUUCCAAAGUUUAUUCCAUAAGAUCAGAUCUUGGUUUAACUUUGUUGGUAGCCUGGCACCCUCCAAACAGAGCUACCCAGCAUGGGAGAUAGAUAGAUUGCAAAUUCUGCAGCUGAGUCAUGGCCUUGACUGUCAGGUCAUUUCUAGCUUGGUGUCAUAUUAAGAAAGAUGUCUGGCCUCUAGGCUUAUACUUCUGGGGUGUCUGAAAAGAGUGAUAUACUCAACAUGAGCUGAAUAUGCAAAGCAGGUGUGGAUCUCGGGGUGUGUGUGUUUAUGUGUGUGUGUGUUUGUGUGUGUGUGUACAUGAGCCACUUCAGUGCAACAAUCUGCUUUACAAGGGAGAGGGAAGUUGCCUUUUUCAUGACAGAGGGUAUGAGGGCAUGUCUUGGCAUUUUAGGGUCUCAGUGAGCCAUAUAAAUACAAUGCAAUUACAAGCUAAGGAGUUAAGGGUCUAAAGGGUUACUUCUCUCUGCGUACACACUCAUGGUUAAUGUGAGCUGGCCAUUGUCUCUUGUAAAGUCCCAGAGCAGGUUACCAAGGACACAUCAUUUUUUAGAAGCCUUUCUGCCUAGCCACCUGUCUUUACAAAAGCUUCUCUCUCCAUCCUCACUUUAGCCCAGCAACACAAUUCUCUCUCCCUUUCUUUCUUUUGGCUUUAAAGUUUCCUACUUGUGAAUCGUAGGGCUGCUAAUUUCGCUUUUUAGUUGGAGUCUCAAAAUCAACUCUCUAAUGGUAUUACACCCUAAUAUGCCAUUAAAAAUCAGCUUGUUCUAGCAUCAUGUAUUUUAUUUCAGUUGAUGUUUGUGCUGGUCUGUGGCUGGUGAGCAGCUGUAUCUGGAUGCAGUGCCUGUAAAAUGAUGACAGUUUCUGCUGUUUUCAACUUUCUAAGUCAAUGGACUUGACAACUGUUGGUGUUAUUUAAAUCAAGAGGGAAGUGUUGAGAAAGUGGUUGUCAUUGUACAUCCAUGUUUAAAGACAGGGUUAGGAAGUGGCUUGAAGCGGUUGGAGGGGCUUGGGAGGGGUUAAUUCACAGAAGAGAAAACAGACUGGCUUUUGACAGUGCGAGGCCAUGGAGGGCUUCAGAUGCUGCUAUUACAAUGAUUUGCAAAGGAAAAUAAUCAAACCAAAGAGUAUUUAGUGGAAUGUAAAUCAAAUGAAGAUGGAGUGAAGAAUAGGGGUGACCACCUGGACGUUCCCCCAAACACACAGCGCUACCACUUAAAAGACUUGAGUUAUUUGAAAAGGGGUGGGUUCAGAGACAAGAAAAAAGGGAGGGGAAUCUUUCAACUUGUUGCUUAAAAAGAAGAAAACAUCUUAAAUUUCUGGUGCAUAGAUUUGUUUUUUUUUGUUUGUUUGUUUGUUUAUUUUUGUUUUUCAAGAAAUUUUUUGCAGAAGCUACAUUUUUAAAGUGUACAUUUUAUAAAGUUUAUCAGAUAUUUUCAUAUUUAAAGCCAAAUGUAAAUAGAAAUCUGUAAAGGAAAAAAAAAUCCCGUAAGAGGUAUAAUUACAACAGUGAGUUCUGAGAGCUAGCACCUAUAUGCUACCGGUUAGCAUGGUUUUAGCGGAUAUUACCAGCCUUUUGAGGUUUGUUUUGGUAUGUUCUUCUGUUAUUUAUUUCAGCAUGGACUGUUCCUUUGAGAGCUUUUUGUAGUUAUUAGCAUUUUAAUAGUUACAAGCUUUAAAUGGCUUUUUGUUUUGUUUUGCCAAGAGCCAAGACAUAGGUAAUGCACGGCAUUUCUCCCUGCAUUUUUACCUUCAAAAUAUCUGUCUUCGUUGACUGGGCCUCCAGAACUAGUGUACACAGCUGCCACUAGUAUGCAGAUGGAGGGACUCACCUUGAAUAUCUGGGGUCCAUCCCCAGAUUCCCGUUGCUUCUCUGCUGCAAGCAAAUUCCUCUAGGAUGUAUUCCCUUUUAAAGAAUGUUUGCCCAAAUCUGAAUGGGCAUUAUAUAUAUAUUUUUUGGAGGGGGGAGGCAUAGAUUCCUGGUUAUUCUAUUUUUAAAUAAAAGGUAGACAAAGUGAAUUCUAUUUUGAUUAUCGAGAAAGGAAUAGUUUUCUAUCCCUCUAAGAGUAUACUUGAAUCAGACAUUUUUAGAAUGUCAUAUAGCACUGUAGUCAUUUCCAAAUCUCUAGAGAAGUUUGUUUGACUUUGUUCUUGUUCUGUUAAUGCGUUAUUCCUUUUCUUUCACUUCCUUCCUCCCCAUAUACCCCCUCCCUAAAUCUUGAUGUGUGUCUCAUGACCUUGGUUUCCCAAAGAUGUUCCCCUUGAAGAUAACAAACAUCAGUUUCUAUCUUAUAAUCAGUCACCCCAUAGAAGCAAAUGUCUCAUCCUGAGGGGUGAUUUAAGCUCCUUAUCACUCUUUUUAAUGAUCCUAAGGUGGAAAGCAUAAAAGUGUUGCAUUACUAUAUCUCCUCCCACAAUCUUCAGCAAACUAGAGUUUCUUUCCUAGGAAUGUUAGGUUUCAGCUCUGUGCUUUGACCAGUUGAACGAUCCUAGCCUUUGACAAUCAUGAUAGUUAUUAUUUUCCCAUUUGCCAUCUUUUUUGUAUCUAAAGUCUUCCUAUUGUACUGCACAAAC